AAAGAACUGCGGCUUUAUGAUUGAGCGUCUAUCUGGUUAGCUGCUUUCAUUAAACAUACUUUAUAUUUAUAUGGCAGAAGUAUAACGAUGAUUGUGUAUAUAUAUGUAUAUAUCUGUCGGAGUUUUACUCAAAGAAUCAGUAAUUUGUAUAUUGAAUCGAAUGAAACGAAGCAUCAUUUGUGAUAAGUAGUGAUAAAUUUUGAACCAAUAGUAAAAACUGAUGAAUUGCAGCUGCUGUUCACAAACUCAAGUUGAAAAUAUUGGUCCUGCUGUGUCUGUACUCGAAGAAAACGUUGAAGAUGGCGAUAUAUUACAAGAAAUUGGAAAUGCUCAGUACACACUGGAGUUUCUUCGUCAAGUUAUUCAACAAUCAACUAGGGUUAUUGAUGAAGCACCUCCAGCCUACGAAGAUUUUGAUAAAUAUCCUAGACUAAGUAAAUAUCAGACCUCGUUUAAAAACUUAACUCCUGUUAAACCAUGUACACAACAACCUCGACAAUCUUCACAGCUUGAUUCUGAUCAGUUUGUGAACUCAUCAACAGUCUCAUGGAUAGAACCAUUUCCGAAACCACAAGGUGACCCACCACCUGCCUUUUUCAACUGGCUUCGUAGUCGAUUCGGUUCUUUACGUCAAAGCAUUAUGAGUCGUUUAUCAAAUCAAAGUAACCAAUUACAAGGCUCUUCGGUCUUCAGCAUACAUACUGAUUCUAAUUCUCCAGUUUUAUCAACUAUCAAUAUUCCUAGACCAUUCAUUCAUCCGGAACCAUCAAACUCAGUGCCCCCUGCACAAUCAUCUGAGGCAAUAGAACCAAAGCCUUUGGAAUUAAAUGACUCUAAAAUGACACGUUCGUCAUCAUCAUCAUCAUCAUUACAAUCCAGUGCAUCAUCAGUAGUUUGUGCAACUGAUGAACAGACUAUGAUAGGAGUAUCUACAAUAUCAUUAAAUUGUAACAGUAAUCAAAUACCAGAUUCUAGUUGUACAAAUGUACCUCAGAAAACUUUGAUAGUACGUGAUUUUGACAUAGAAGAAACGGAAUCACAAAAUGAUAGUUACGAUGUUGAUACAAACGAAAUCAAUCAGUCUACGACCCAUUCAUGAAUAAAAUUUUAUUGAUCACAAAGUAUUAUCAACUAUGAAUAAGUUGUAUGAAUUAUUACAUAAUCCAGCAUAAUUAUACAUUGCGAUAUUUGCUAACGGGUGUUUCACUGCUUACAGUGUAAUCGUCAUGUAAAUAAUUAUAUCAAGUUAAUAUAUCUAUUUCCCAAUACGUUUACAUUCAAUAAUCGUUUACAAUUAUUAUUAUUAUUAUUAUUAUUAUUAUUAUUAUUAUUAUUAU